AUGAGCGUCAAAUCCAAGAAAGCAAAAGUAGAUACUGAAGGGAAUGAAGUUUUGCAAACACAGAUUGACGUUUCAGUUAAUCUCGCACGAGACCUAGUUAAUUCUUGGCUCCCACCAGUGCAACCUGGAGAAGAGAGCGACAAUGAGGAGGAAGAUUUAGCAAGCUAUACCCAAGGGCGACCUGGCAGAAUUGGACUUGGUGCAAAAUUCCUUUCACAUAACCAGGCGACCCGGCACAAUCAAGCACCAGCAGUUGGUGGCCCAACGUCGGCAUCUGAUAUUAAGCUUCGCAACAAGAUUCUCAAUCAAAAUGCAACGGUGGCAAGGAAAAGGCGACUGGAUGAAGAGAAUGUCAUCGGAAAAAUGGAAAAACCUGCCAGUGAAGACGAUGAUGAAGAUUCCAAAACGGCAACAGUCAAGAGCAGGAAUACAUCUGUUACGAAAUCGGCGCAAGGAGCUCAGAAACCUAGUGCAAUAUAUAGUGCAAAGCCCAAGAAAAUUGAAAACGGCGACUUUUUGUCGAUGUAUUUAACGGAACGUGAAGGGAAGAAAAAGAAAAAGAAGAAGAAGAAGAAUACCUCCACCAGCACAGAAGGCGCUGAUGAAGCUUAA